AAGAAAAGUUCAAUUAUUGGUACAGUCGAAGUAACUAGUAAAAUUUUGACCCCGUUUUGAGUUUGCGUUGUCCAUUCGAUGCCGUUAGUUUAGCCUAAAAAGAUAUAGUUGUUUCUUUAAAAGUUGAGUGACGGUCUUUGCGUCCGCCGUUUAGGUAAAAGCUGGCAAAAAUGUAGAAAAUACCUAUAGGUAUUAGAUAUAUAUUUUUUUAAGUGCAUUUUUUUAAGACGAACGCGUAUCGAUUCGGCCCAAAGGCUUGGCCCGGCGAAUAAACGGACUAUACAUGGUUUAUGGGGAUCUUACGUGGUUUCUAUUGGUUCACUGAGUCAUAAAAGACAUAGAGACACAUUUUUUUAUUGGAAUUUUCCAAAUGACUGAACAUUUACAUACGCGUCUCCAAAUUUUGGGAAAUGGCCCGCUGAAAACUGGCGAGUGAUCGAAGUGAAUUCUGUUUUGCGAACGUAAUGUAGUGAGUGAUUUUAGGCGUGUGUCUGUGCAUUGCGUUUCAGAAAUGGAUUUCGCGAGAAAAGUGAAAACGCCAAUCUAAUUAUCAAAUUUCGAAAAACGGCUGCGAAUACACAAUAUCGAUCUUUUUUUCUUGUUUACGACUUCUUUUUUAGCAGCGUUUCCGCUAUAUCAGCCUAAAUUUACGCUGUAUUUUUAUGUCGAAAGGAACGUAGAACGUUAUUCGUUGUUGUUUGUUUCCAUAACAUAACCAAGAAAAAUAAAAAAAACAAAAAGUGAAAAUGUUACCUCAACAAUAUUGUUUGAGAUGGAGAUACCAUCAUUCCAAUUUACAAACUAUGUUUUCCCAGCUUUUAGAACGCGAAGCAUUCUGUGAUGUUACUUUAGCUUGCGAGGGACGAACAAUAAAAGCUCAUAAAAUCGUUUUAUCAGCUUGUAGUACCUAUUUUGAAACCAUUCUAUCACAAUACGAAGAAAAGGAUCCCAUACUUAUCAUGAAAGAUGUAAAAUACGUAGACAUUAAGUGUUUAGUCGAAUUCAUGUAUAAAGGGGAAAUUAAUGUUGAACAUUGUCACCUUGCUACGCUCCUGAAAACCGCCGAAGAGCUAAAAAUCAAAGGACUCGCCGAGGUGUCCUGGAGAGACGAGGAACAAUCGAGUAAUCCAGACGCGAAUUCCAAUGGAGUACAAACAGUCAUGCCACAAGUCCAAACAGUCAUGCCAAACAGUCCUAAUCCAACGACUCGAAGGAAAAGAGGCCGGCCGCCCAUCGACGACUACGAUCAAUCGUUUACUACCCCAAAAAUCGCGAACAUCUCCGGCGGGAACCAGGACGAUGCUUACUCAAAUGAUGCCAUGUCAAGCAGUGAACACGAUUUGAACAUAUGGGACGAAGACCAGUCCGCCAACGAAGCAGCAGACAACACCGACGCCGAACAACCUCCUAUAAAAGUCAAAAAAGAAGUCAACGAAAACGACGAGAUGACCAUCGACGAACAAAGCAACAUUUCGCUGAGCGCGAGCGACUCGAAGGACAACAAAUUCGCCGUACAACAGCAAAUAAAAGGCAACGGGGUGAACGCGCAGAACAUAUCGACCGCCUCCGGUAACCAGUCGUUCCUCACGCCCACCCUCGAGAAGGAAUGGCCCGACGUCGUUAAAAUGAACGAUUACCUGCACACCGGUAGAAGGCAGCAAUUUUGGGAAGAGCCUUUUACCAAGCGCGUCAUGGACGCCAUCAAAACGAAAAAUCUGGAGAUGAAAGUGGCUGCCGAACUGUUGGGCGUCUCCUACGGUACUCUGUAUGGACGUUACAGAGACUCGUACGGAUGUCUAAAGCAUCCCUAUAGGGUGCGGGAUUUCUGGACGGAACAAGGCCCCACGGACAUCCUGCUGAAGCUGAAGCGCAAGGGAGAUCACGCUGUUCCGGGCCGCGGAGCAGCUGAACGUCACGCCGCAGAUACUCUCCAACUACCUGCUGUCGAUGUCCCAGCCGGACGUGGUCGAUCCGAAUUCCUGCAGGCAAUCGAAUACCGGCGAGUCCUGCGACGAUUCCGACGAUGAGAACGACUCGGCCCUGCCGGAGGCGAACAACGCGGGCGUUUUUACGCCCUUCGUGUCGUCCGGAGCGAGCGGAACGUCUUCGUCGUUGGUCAACUGCCCGGACAUUACCAUAGUGAAGAAGGAGAAAACGGACAAGGUGAAUAACUCAGAUCAUUCCGAAAGCAGUAGUGAUCACGGUAAAUGAGGACCGGUUGCGCUUGUUAAUUAAAAAAAAAGAAAAUAUUUCCACUUAUUAGUAUUUUGUAAAGACCAAAGUAAUUUUGUACUGUAUUUAGUCACGUAAGAAGUACCUUCAGUUGAAGUAAAAACUUAAAAAAAAUGAACAUAAUGAAGUAGUGAUAUGGUGAAUACCAAAACGAUGUAUAUGUAAAUUAUUUUAAAUAAUUCGCGCAGCUUCGAGGAAGGGAUCGUUCGUUUUAUAUUGAUAUAUUGAAGAGUAUUAUUUUGUAAGUUUUAAGUUUUAUUGAUUUGGACGUUCCCAAAAGGAUUACUAAUUCCGGUGAAUUAUAAUUUAGUGUAUUUAUUUAUUAUUUUUUUUAGCCAAAGUAUAUUUAGAUGAUAAUUAAUUGUAAUCGUAUAUGAUGUUAGUUUUUAUUAUUAACUCGUAUUUAAACUCCCGGUGAAAUUUGUGAAUUGUAUAAAUGAUCUGAUGUACCAGAAAUUUUUAUUUUUAUGACAGAAACAUGUGGGACGAAUAAAAAAACUAACUUCGAAUUUAUGAUCGAUCCCUUCCUUGAGUUACAAAAAAAUAGAUUUCGGCAAUGGUAGUGUAGAAUUAGGAACAUAUCAAGAAGUCCGCUGGACAGUCUUCUGCACUGACAAUUAAAAUUGCAGAUGUAUUAAAUUUAUAGUGCUUUAAUAUACUAGAUUUAGAGGUGAAAGAUGCAAUCCAGAAAAGGACGAUCAACUUGAAUUAAAAAUAAAAAUCUUUACCAUAAUAAAUUGAUAAAAUGCCCAAAUUUGUGAUAAUUUCCAAAGAAAAUUUCUAUUAAAUCGUAUUCUCUUAUGAAUUUGCUCUCUGUAUUACACAUUCGUUAUAUUUAGUCAUCUCCAAGUUUAAUAUUUUAAACGCCCUUUUACAAAUGAAUUAAUUCGUUAAAUUCUCUCUUAAUAAAAUUGCAUUGUUUGAGUAUUUUACACAUCUUAAUAGUAUAAAUUGUGGCGUUUAAAGUAUUACACAUUCGAGCUACAAAAUAUACUUCAAUUUAUUAUGGUUGUAUAUUUUAUACACUUUUAUUUUGCUCUGAAAUUUAUUAAAAGUAUUAAUUUGAUGAGCCUCCCCUGUAAUAUUUUAUACAUUUUCUUGCGAUUCCUAAACGAAAUCACCAAAAGUAUAUAUUUGUAUGUAUUCAAUUUGCUCCACUUUCAGUAUUUUUUUUUGUGUGCAUUAUUGAUGAUCGGGUAUUUAAUCUAAAAUGUACCCAUUAGACUAAUAAUACGAUUAUUUAUGUAUACCUAAUUAUAAUUGUAGAGUAUAGGUACAGACUUCGUCGUAUAUAUAUAUAUUUGUAUUUGAAACAUGGACGACAUGUUUUUUCCUAUUUACAAGCCUUUUAUUAUACAACUCAUAUUUAUACAAUUUAUUGUUUUGAGUGCAUAUCUGUACCAUUGUGAUUUGUUUUAUAGUGUAGUUAAAUCGAAAACGGUGAAUGUAUAUUUUCUGUUAUAAAUAGCUGCUGGAUUAGACCAGAUAAAUUGAACCCCUAGAUGAAAAUGUGCUUAAAUUUAGUAUUGAUCCUUUAUAAAAGUGUAAAUUCGUGGACUAGCACACCUUUUAGGCAGCUAUUUUCAAAUUCUAAUUUUAUUUCAACGCAGUAUUACUUUCUUAUAUUUUUUCGUUAUUUGAAUAAAACUAUACAUAAUUGUAAUAGAAGUGUUUGUGUAUACUGCUUUCUUGUACACUGUUACAUUUAGCUCUACUAUAAAACAUUAACUUAAAUAUUGUUCUUCAGUUUGCCUGGAAUAUUUAUUUUACUAUAUUUUAUAUAAAACAUUCCAUAACGAAAUAAUUUGAAUAUUCAGAAUUUAAUGUAAUCAAUUAACGCAGCGUAAUCUGAAGAACAUAUUACCUUUUCAUACAUUCGAAAUUCUUUUAUACGUAUUUAAAGCAGCGUGUCCAGCAUUGAAUAUCGACAAUUUGAAAAUAACACUACCAUAUGAAUUCAACAACAUCCGCGCAUUUAAAUAUUAAUUUAGGGGUUCUGGACACUCUGUUUACCGUUUAAUUUCAAGGUUUAAUUUCAAUUAUAUUAUUCAGUUAUUUGAGAUAUUUCCAUUUUAUUAAUUUGUAGCUUUUUUAUUUAUUAAAAUUUUUU